CCCUGCAAAUGCUGAUCUCCAAGACCGAAAUCCCAUUGCCAUUUUCCCUUUCACAAAUAACAAAAGUCGACCCUUAAUUAAAUACAAUGAAUUGAAUUCCCACAACUCUUUACACCUCGAUACAUAUCAGAAAGAAAUAUGGGUACUUUUUUAAAGCCAAGUUCAGCAUCUGGGAUGCUUCUUCCCCAGUCCCCUGUUGUUUCCCUAGGCAGACCACGUGGGCAGUUUCCUUUAAUCUUGGGAGGCUCUUCUAACAGGAAAAGGAAGAAUUUACUUACCGGAAAUUGGCGGUGCGGGCCGAGAAUAAUUGCUGCCUCAAAUAGGGGUAAUUCCAAUGACACUUUCACCGAUGAUGAGGAUGGUUUUAUGUCAAGGAGAAAUAAAAAAUCAGAGACGAAAAAAGACAAGUUAACCGAGACGAAAAGAGCUUUUUCUGAGGCUAAGGCCAGAGGAGAAGCCCUUGAAAAAGAAAGAGAUCAAUUGCUUGAAGAGUUUGCUUCUUCGGAGGCUAAACAGAAGGAAAAUGCGGCUACCAUUUUGCAUGACAAGGAAUUGGUUGUUUCGGAACUGGAGUCGGAGAAAUCUCUGCUCCAUCAGAAGCUGCAGGAGUCAGUGGAAGAGAAAUCCGCCUUAGAAUCUAAGUUGGUUCUUGCAAAACAAGACGCCGUUGAACUUGCGGUACAAGUCGAAAAGUUAGCAGAGAUUGCUUUCCAACAGACCACAUCUCACGUAUUAGAAGAUGCCAAGCUGAGAGUUUCAGCUGCAGAAACAUUGGCUGCUGAAUCAGCUUUUCAAAUAGAAGAUCAAAUAAGAAAAUCAACCGAAGGAACUAUAUCCUCAAUUAUUGAGGAGUCUAGAGAUGCUAUAAAAGAGGCACUUGAUGUGGCAGAAAACGCCAGUGAGCAGGCUAUGAAAGCUAUUGCAGCAUUUACUGAUGGUAUAAAUCCCAUUGAUGCUAUUGCUUCCGUUCAAUCAGAGAACAUUAAGUUACAAGGUGCUGUCAGUGAUUUAGAAGCUCAAUUAUUGGUUUCAAAAAGUGAGUUCGACAGUUUGAAACUGGAGUUGCAAAUGACUCAAGAACAAGCAAGUGCAGCUGAACUCCGAGCCAGUAAUGCCGAGAAGGCAUUGCUUGAAUUCCAAGACUUGAGAAGGAAAAAGGCUCUUGAGCAGGAAGAGGAUAUUAGGUCUUUAUUGGAGAGAAUAAAGAAAGAAGCAGAAGAAAGAAAGAAGGCUUUGUCUGAGGCUUUUAACGCCGAGUUACAAAGCAUCAAGGCUGCUGUUGAUGCUGCCAAAGAAACAACGCACUCAAGAGAAAAUGCCUACAUGAAAAGGUGUGAAGCCUUACAGAGGUCACUGAGUACAUCAGAAAGUGCUUUAAAGAUGUGGAGACAAAGAGCAGAGAUGGCACAGUCAUUGUUAUUGAAGGAAAGAUCAGAAAAGGAAGAAAACAGAGAUAACGUCUAUGUUUCUAAUGGUGGGAGGAUAGACCUUUUAACUGAUGAUGAUUCACAGAAAUGGAAACUUCUGAGUUGUGGUCCGCGUAAGGAGAUACCUCCAUGGAUGGCAAGAAGGAUAUGGAGUAUCCGUCCCAAGUUUCCUCCUCGAAAGGCUGACAUUUCUAAAGCCUUAAGGUCCAAGUUUAAAUCUUUGGAAUUGCCCAAACCUUAUCAGGUUUGGUCUAUUGCUGAACAAAAGGUUAGAGAAGGUGAUAUUCUUGUUGAACAAGUUAUGGAAAAAGAAGUAAUAGAGAAGAAAAGGAAAACUUUGGAACGAGCACUUCAACGAAAAACAGUUCAAUGGCAGCGGACUCGAGAAGAAACAAAAUUCGAGCCAGGAACCGGAACAGGACGAGAAAUUGUGUUCCAAGGUUUCAAUUGGGAAAGCUGGAGAAGGCAAUGGUACGAGGAGUUAGCUAUCAAGGCUGCUGAUUUAUCUCAAACAGGGAUUACUGCUGUAUGGUUACCACCACCAACAGAAUCUGUAGCACCCCAAGGUUAUAUGCCUUCUGAUCUUUACAACUUGAACUCCAAAUAUGGAUCUGUUGAUGACCUGAAAUCUUGCAUAGAGGAAAUGCAUGCUCAGGACCUUUUGGCAUUAGGAGAUGUCGUGCUUAACCAUCGAUGCGCACAUAAACAGAGUCCAAAUGGUGUCUGGAAUAUUUUCGGUGGCAAGCUUGCUUGGGGGCCUGAAGCUAUUGUUUGUGAUGAUCCAAAUUUCCAGGGGCGUGGAAAUCCUUCAAGUGGUGAUAUCUUCCAUGCGGCUCCAAACGUUGAUCAUUCGCAGGACUUCGUGCGAAGAGAUAUAAAGGAAUGGUUGAAAUGGCUCCGUAACGAUAUUGGUUAUGAUGGUUGGCGGCUCGACUUUGUGAGAGGCUUCUCUGGUACAUUUGUGAAAGAAUAUAUAGAAGCAUCACAUCCUGCAUUUGCUAUAGGAGAAUAUUGGGACUGUAUGGCUUAUGAAAAUGGUAACUUGUCUUACAAUCAAGAUGCUCAUCGACAAAGGAUAGUCAACUGGAUCAAUGCCACUGGCGGUACUUCCUCAGCUUUUGAUGUCACGACAAAGGGGAUACUCCACUCCGCUUUACAUGGCCAAUAUUGGAGACUGAUAGAUCCUCAAGGAAAACCAACAGGAGUAAUGGGAUGGUGGCCUUCACGCGCUUGCACAUUUCUAGAGAACCAUGAUACUGGAUCCACCCAGGGUCACUGGCCCUUUCCCCGUGAUAAGCUUGCACAGGGAUAUGCUUACAUUUUGACGCAUCCCGGAACUCCUGUAUUAUUUUAUGACCACUUGUAUGAAUUCAGCAUGCGCGAUGUCUUGACGGAAUUAAUAGAAGCUCGAAGACGAGCCGGGAUCCACUGCCGAAGUUCUGUCAAGAUAUACCAUGCCAAUAACGAAGGGUAUGUAGCUCGGGUUGGUGAUACCCUAGUGAUAAAACUAGGACAUUUCAAUUGGAAUCCUUCAAAGGAGAAUCAGCUGGAUGGUAGUUGGCAAAAGUUCAUUGAUAAAAAAUCGGAUUAUCAGGUUUGGAUAAGGCAAUAAUCUCAAGCCAAGCCACCAAUUAUCUCUAUUUAUAUUAAUAAACGAAUAA